AUGGCAGUACAAUCGAAGCUGUCACUGCCGGGCGGCCUCGUGUCUGAAGGAACGCUGAAGAAUGCCGUCUCGGACCUCACGACACUGUACCUCAAGCACCGCACUCGCAUCUCACGCGCCAUCUACAUUGGUCUCUUCGUCACCUUACUGAAUCGCAUACGUAACGCCGUCAAUGAACAAAAAGCCGCCGAGCAACAACGACGAGCAGCCGGUCGCAAUGGAGAAAGAGAAGGGAGCACAACCGGCAGCAGGAAGAAGGUCGAGCUGAACAGAGAGUUCUUUCGCAACCUGAUCCGUUUGCUGAGGAUCUGCAUACCAGGCUGGAAGAGCAAGGAGCUGCGCCUCCUCAUCAGUCACAGUGUCUUUCUCGUCUUGAGGACGCUAAUCUCGCUCUAUGUUGCCGAGCUGGAUGGAAGACUGGUCUCUGCUCUUGUCCAAGGCAAAGGCAAAGACUUUGUUGGCGGUCUGCUAUGGUGGAUGGUUGUCGCCAUUCCCGCUACCUUUACAAACUCCAUGCUCAGCUACCACCAGUGCAAACUCGCCCUCCGGUACCGCACUCGCCUCACACAACAUAUUCACAACAAGUAUUUGUCCAACAUGACUUUCUACACACUCUCCGCCCUGGACGAUCGUAUCAAGAAUGCCGAUCAACUUGUCACAGUCGACGUCAGCAAGUUUUCCAACUCUCUUGCCGAGUUGUAUGGAAACUUGGCAAAACCAGUCUUGGACAUGGUCAUCUACAAUUACUCACUCUCCCGCAGUGUCGGUGGUGAAGGUCUUUUUGCCAUGGGCUUGUUGGUCCAACUCUCUGCCUCCGUCAUGCGAGCUCUGACGCCACCAUUUGGGAAAUAUGUGGCUGAUGAAGCACGACUGGAAGGAGAAUUUCGCUUCCAGCAUUCGCGUGUCAUUGACUACAGCGAGGAGAUUGCUCUAUACCAUGGCCAUGAAGCUGAGAAGAAUGCACUCGACAAGAAUUACUUUACUCUGAUCAAGCAUGUGAACCGCAUCUUGAGAAGAAGAUUCUACCACGGCAUCAUGGAGGACUUUGUCAUCAAGUACUUCUGGGGCGCUUUGGGACUUAUGCUAUGCUCUAUCCCUGUCUUCUUCAAAUUGCCUGUGGCGAAGAAUGCAGGAACAGUCUCAAAGAACUCGACAGAGGCUUUUGUCACAAACAGACGGUUGUUGCUCAGUUCUUCUGAUGCUUUUGGAAGACUAAUGUUCUCCUACAAGGAGAUUUCCCAACUCGCGGGCUACACCUCUCGGGUCUCGACUUUGCUGUCCGUUAUCGCGGAUAUCCAAGCUGGGCACUUUGAAAAGCAGUUGGUCAGUUCCGCAUCGGUGGAUGCUAACGCGGCUGUUCUUGCUGGCAGGGGCACCAUCACCGAAGGUCCUGACAUCAUGUUCAAGGAUGUGCCCAUCGUAUCACCUAACGGUGACAUUCUGGUCUCUGCAUUGAGUUUCCACAUACGACCACAAGACCAUUUACUCAUCAUCGGCCCCAAUGGCUGUGGCAAGUCUUCCCUCUUCCGUAUCCUAGGCGGACUCUGGCCAGUCUACGGCGGCGAAGUCAGAAAACCCUCUGCAGAAGACAUCUUCUACAUCCCCCAACGACCAUAUCUCAUGGCACAUGGAAGCCUCCGUGCCCAAAUCAUCUACCCAGAUACUGUAGCCGACAUGCACGAGAAAAGCAUCACUGAUGCAGAUUUACUUGAAAUCGUCUCUUCGCUAGAUCUGGAUAACUUGCUGUCGUUGCCUACAAAAGAUACUGUGCACAAUGACACCUCAACGCAAACAGGUCUAGAUAUCACAGCCNCCUGGCCCGAUCUCCUCAGCACAGGAACACAACAACGCCUCGCCGCCGCUCGCCUCUUCUAUCAUUCGCCCUGCUACGCCAUCCUCGACGAAUGCACCUCUUCACUCACCCCUAGCGUUGAAACUUUGAUCUACACUCAAGCCAAGAAGAGAAAUAUUACACUCUUAACGGUUUCACAUCGCAAAAGUUUGUGGCAGUAUCACACGAGGAUAUUACAGUUUGAUGGUAGAGGAGGAGCUUUCUUUGGGGUUCUGGAUGCGGAGAAGAGGUUGAGAUUGGAGGAUGAGAGGGAGGAGUUGGAGGAGAAGUUGCGCGGGGUGGAGGGGGUGGAGAGGAGGAUUGCUGAGUUGGAAGCUGCCUAA